GCUACAGAAGGGGUGUAUUUUUCCCGCAGUUUUAAUGUUAGGUGUAAAGUGUGUUGUUUUCAUUCGUCUGUUUGAUCGUGUGAUUGUGUAAAAACAAUAUACGUAUCGCAUAUUUUUCCCUUUAGCUAGAUGUUGACGAAACACAGUGUGGAAGUGAAGAUGAUACCGAGUGAAAUUGGUGUUUAUGAUUAAAUAACAGUUCUCUGACAUCUAUUAGUAUACAGUUGAAGGAAAGAUAAGACUGCAUGUUGUAUUUGAGGUUGUGGAUGGUGUUCUAAGGAAAAAGGAUGCCACAUGAUAUAGUGUACCCUCAGGGCUGCCGGCCAGUCACUGAUGACCUUGGUCCGGAUGAACUUAUUAGAAGGCUCAAAACAUUGGCGCAUACAUUGCAAGCAAUGGACCAAGAUGAGGGCAUGUAUCAACAGUACAUUCCAUUGGCAUUACAUCUGGCUGAUGACUACUUUUUGCAUCACCCAAGCCGAGAUGUCCAGUUACUCAUUGCUUGCUGUAUUGCAGAUGUCCUCAGGGUAUAUGCACCAGAGGCUCCAUACAAGGAUCCAGAACAGGUUAAGACAAUCUUCUUAUUCCUCAUAAAGCAGUUGUCAGGAUUGAAAGAUCCAAAAGAUCCUGCUUUCAAGCGCUAUUUUUAUCUUUUGGAGAAUUUGGCAUACGUCAAGUCAUUUAACAUGUGUUUUGAGUUGGAUGACUGCCAAGAAAUAUUUUGUAAACUUUUCUCACUUAUGUUCAGAAUUGUCAAUGAUGAACACUCUGGUAAAGUGAAGAGCUUUAUGCUGGAUGUACUAUGUCCACUUAUUACUGAGUCAGAUUUGGUCUCUAAUGAGCUCCUGAAUAUUAUACUUAUGAACAUUGUGGAACCAAAUAAGACUCAACGAAAGAACGCAUACCUUUUGGCUAAGGAGUUGGUAAUUAAAUGUAGUGAUACACUGGAACCAUACAUUCAGACUUUUUUCAAUCAUGUGCUCAUUCUGGGGAAAGAAGAAAAGCAGUUGGAGAUUUGUGGAAAAGUUUAUGAUCUCAUAUAUGAACUGAACCAUAUAUGCCCGAGUGUGUUACUUGCAGUACUCCCACAGUUGGAGUGCAAGCUGAAAAGCAGUCAGGAGUCUGAACGGUUAGGUGCUGUUUCUCUGUUAGCACGGAUGUUCAGCGAGCGUGACUCAAAUCUUGCACGUCACCAUACUCAACUCUGGAGGGCAUUCCUUGGGAGGUUUAAUGACAUUAGUGUGGCAAUACGCAUUAAAUGUGUGCAGCAUUCCAUGCAUUUCCUCCUAAAUCAUCCUGAGCUGAGGAAGGACAUAACAGAGACACUGAAGUUGAGACAGCAUGAUUCAGAAGAAAAUGUGAGAUAUGAAGUUGUGAUGGCCAUUGUUCAAACAGCCAAAAGGGAUUUUGAGGUUGUGUCUGAUAGUGAAGAUCUUCUUGAGUUUGUAAAGGAAAGAACAUUAGACAAAAAGUUCAAAAUUCGCAAGGAGGCAAUGUCAGGUCUAGCCUUGAUUUAUAGAAAGCACCUAAAUGAUGCUGAUGUUCCUCAAGCUACUAAAAAGGCAGUAACUUGGAUCAAAGAUAAAAUCCUUCAUGGUUAUUACAUGUGUGGAAUGGAAGAUAGAUUGCUUGUGGAGAGAUUGCUCAAUACUUGUUUAGUGCCAUUUCAGUUACCUACUGAAGAAAGGAUGAAAAAACUUUAUCAUCUUCUGGGAACAGUAGACGAUCAUGCUACAAAGGCAUUUAUUGAACUGGAAAAACAUCAACUGGCUGUCCGAAGAAGUGUCGCAGAAUGGUUGGAACUUCACAGGCGGCCGCAGUCGAUGGAGCGGGAUCGUGAAAUAGUCACUAAAGUGGCUGUGCUGUCACGGUAUCUUCCAGAGCCUGUCAAGGCACAAGAGUUCCUCACGAAAUUCUCUUCUGAUUUGCUUAGAGAUGGUGCACUACUUGCAGCUAUGGAGAACAUUGUCCGUCCUGAUAUCAGCUGCAAGGAAUGUGCAGACACCACGAGCUUGAUUCUUAAGAAGCUUGGGCAACCUGUGAUGACAAAUCUGUAUUAUAAUACUGUGAAGAUGUUACUGGAGAGGAUAUCGUCCGUAAUGGUCGAUCACCAAUCAAUUAAGGUAUUGGUUGGUUAUAUUGAAGACUGCCUGAAGGGUGGAAAUAUGAUUGAAGAAAUGGGUCUACACCCUAACACAGCUGGUGAGAGGGGCCUUAAACUACUUGUGAUCUUGUCAUUUGUCUUCCCAUCACACUUCUUACAUGAAGAUGUUAUCACACACCUAGUUUCAUUCCUCGACAUGGAGGAUGAGACAGUGGCACCACUAGUACUUUCUGUUCUUACAUUCCUUGGACGAUACAAGCCUAUAGGAGAGCUGUUUCCUGACAUUGUCAGAGAUCUUGUACCAGUAUGUAAAAAAUUUGCUGAAGUGGGAACAACAAAACAAGCAAAGCAAGCUAUUCGAUGCUUGUAUGUUAAUCUCACUCAUAAUGUGGACUCCAUAUUCACAGAAAUACUGGAGAAAGUUAAAUCAAAUCUGAAUCAAAGUUCAGAAUAUUAUCGAACUGCCAUAGUAGCUCUGGGGCAUAUCGCUUAUAACCUGCCUGACAGAUAUCCAGUUCAUCUAAAGAACAUAGUAUCUAGGAAGAUUGUGAAAGAGUUGCUUGUGAAAGAAGCACCUCAGUGCGAUUCUGUGAGCUGCACAUUGGGGAACUGGUGUCUGCAAGACCAGUUGCCAGAGGAAACUAGGUGUAAACUAGAAGGCAUGAAAACAAUGGCUCGUUGGCUAUUGGGCCUCAAAGAAGAUGUGCUCUCUGCUCAGAAAACUUUUCGUAUGUUGAAUGCAUUUGUCAUGCAUGAUGGUGACCUUCUGCAGCAAGGCAGAUACAGUAAAGCAGAAAUGGCUUGGCUGCGAUUAGGAGCGGGCUGUGCUAUGCUGAAAAUAUGUGAACAGAAGGGUGUUGGAGAUCAGUACAGUGCAGAACAGUUUUACAACCUGUCACGCCUCAUGACGGAUGAGGUACCGCAGGUGCGUGAAAUCUUUGCAACAAAACUACACAAAGGACUUGGACGAGGAAUUCCUCAGAAAUGUCUCCCACUGGAUUUCAUGGGUUUCUAUGCUCUUGGUGGUAUUGAACCCGAUAAGAGAAUAAAGAUGCUUAUUAAGCAGAAUAUGGUUGUAGAUAUUAAUAAAAGAAGAGAAUAUGUCAAAAGUAUCUCCAUGGGUGCAAUAGCUGGCCUGCUAGAUAAAGGACUCACCCAAUUGACACACAUUCUUCCUGACUACAUGAUGGUAUUUGCUGUACCUGUGCUGACUCAUCAUCCUUUCUAUACAUCUCAUGAAGACUUGGAUCAGCUCAUGAAAAUCAAACAGUGCCUCUGGUUUGUUAUGGAACCACUCAUAACAAAAAAUGAUCUCUAUUGCUUUGGGUUCUACAAGAGUCUCAUUGAAAGGAUGAAGAAUCACAAAGAUGCAUUUAAAGGAGAUGAGGAUGCUGUGAAUCACAAAAUGUGGGCUGUCUGUGACUUGGCAAUGAGUCUCAUAAUGUCAAAAACAACUAAUUUUGACAUGAAGGAGUUCCCAUCCGAGGCUCGUAUACCAACUAUGUACUUCCGAAGGCAUGAAGAUAAUAUCUUUGUUAACACGAGAAUCUACAUACCACCAGAGCUUCAGUCGUCAGCGAAGCGGAAUGUACCAAGUUCCACAAAUAACACUAUUGGGGCACCAAUUACUAGCACAAUUAGUGGUACAGGUGUGGCAGAUCGAGGUGCUCGUAAAGCGAGGGGUCGCCCUACUCGACCAGUUCCAUCUAAUACUGGCAUUGGUGCAACUGGUGAAAAUGAUGUAAAGUUUUUUCUUACACGCAGCUUGAAGCACCCAUCGAAUGCAUUGAUGCAGAGCCUUCUGAGGCAUCGGAAACGAAGAUACAGUUACCAGGAAUUGAAGAAGAGUCUGAAGGUGAAUGUGGUGAACCACCAGCCAAGAGGACAAUGCUUGACCUAACACCUAAAGUGGAACAGCCAGUGUGAAACUACUUCAGCAUUUAUUAUUGUGUGAAUUCGUAUGCAUCACUGCUUCCACCAUGUUUAUGGAAAUUGUACUGUGAUGGAAGUGGUGUCACUGCCAGAAGUGUUGAAGUUAAUAGAAAUUGUGUGUUUUUAUGAAGAGUGCAAGUGAAACUGUGAACCUUAGUGAGGACAUUCACUAACAAAAUUGACACUGUCAUUCAGUGAAGGUGCAACUUGCAAUGCAAUUGCAUUCUGUGUGUUCAUAUAUUCCGAGACUUGGCAUGUGUGCUUAACACGUAUGUCAUCUGGCAAAUAUUUUCCGCAGUAUUCAUUACAGUGUUGUUUCUUUUUUGUAUGGAAACUGUGUUCGACUUUAAAGAAUGCAUGGCACAUGAAUUAUUUUGAAAGUAGGUGGUUGUGCUGCGGAAGCAUUGUACAGGACAGUUUGAAUGGGUAAGCCCUACAUUUCGUGAUAGUGCAUAGUUUUCAUGCACUCCUUGAUAUUUUUCCACUUAAUAAAUAGUCUGAAAAUGUGAACACUUCCUGGGAAAUACAAGGGACAUCUGGUGAAAUUCAUAACACUGAGUCAGAUAUUUUCUAGCACAUAAGAACAUUUCUCAUUUUUCUUAGUUUCAUUUUUGAUAACUUACUGAAAGUAAGUGGUGUCAAAAGAACUAUUUAUUUACCUAUUUUUUUAUCUAAUUGUUAGAAAUGUAAGACCUUACUUUUAAGGUGCAUUGCAGUUAGUGUUGAGAUUAGAUUUGUUGAGUUACUUGUUUUAAAAUAUGCUGAACCAAAGAUAGUGAUGAGUGGAAGAACACAAUUGCAGUAUAAAAACAAUGUAAUAAUUUCGGCAGAAAUCAUUUUAAUGUUAAAUGAGUAAGUCCAGUUCCUGGCAGUCUGUAGGGUGAAGGGGGUGUGUUACACAUGGUUUCUUCCUAUGUUGUAAUGUAUGACAACUUUCAGUGACCUGUAAAAACAGUGUCAGGAUAUUAUGUUCAAAUUUUCCCUUUAUUCAGUUUUUGGAAUAAUUAUUUUUCAUUACAUUCAUUAUUUUCAUGGGUAUAUAAACAUGGAAUAUGAAAGGAUGUAUAUAUCGUGCCUGCCUAGUGUUUCUGAAGUGCUCAUCAUACGUGAUUGUUUUGCUUAAUCUAUAUUUAUGACAAAACAUUGGAUUCCACUAAUGAGAGAAGACUUCCAGUGUUAUAAUUUUUUGCACUCUCAACCAUAAAUUUCAUAAAAUUUUGUUAACUGUGCUUGUUUGUUAUGUUGCUCAUUCAACAUCACUAAGUGAAAAAAAAAAUCAAUUGGGCUGGGGAGACAGAAAUGUGCUUCGUGAUGGUUGGCAUUAAAAAAUGCAUAUUAAUUGUAAAGUUUCAAAUUCAGUGAUGUAAAGAUGUAUAGGGGAUUUAAACUUUUUGAUUUCUGUCUAUAUUUUUGUACAUUUUACUGCUGUAAUUUUCAUUAUUGUUUGUAUUGAUAUUUUAUUUCAUUCAUCCCAUUUUAUGAAGUGUUUAAAUACAAUGUGUCACAGAUAGAGACAUGAUAAGUGCAUGUGUAGAAGGCAUUAAGAGAUGUGCCACCUAAUUACAGGUACCAUGGACAGAUACGGUUGGUCUGUAUGGUAAAUUUUCAGCUUUGUUUCAUAAAGGAAACAAGUUGGCUUGUCACUGUCUUUGCAGAAAAAAAGGAAAAAGCUGGUUAAUAUGUUAAAUGUUAAACUUAAGUUUAACAGAUUAUUGAAAAUCCACUGAUUUAAGUCUAUAGAAAGUUUAUUUUAAAGUUAUUAUUUUACAGUGGUAGAAUAACAUUAAAAUCAACAUUAUUUACAUCAUGGUUUAGAUGUAGGGAUUUUCAUUUCUUUUCAUUACAAUGAACACCAAUAAACAUUACAUGAGUCAAUGACUGGA